AUGUCUGGCACGAAGGCCUUGCUCAAGGCCGUCAAUGAAGCCAUCAAACAGCAAAAAUGGGAUGCGGCAAUCGAAGCCGCUGAGGAGGUUCUUCAAAAAGAUGGUAAAAACUACCAAGGACACAUCUUCUUGGCAUUUGCCCUGGACAAGACGAACAAGGUCGACCAGGCCGAGACCGCGUACCUUGCUGCCACCAAGCUCAAGCCCGGCGACGCGCAAGCAUGGCAGGGUCUCAUCAAGCUCUAUCAGCGACAAGGAGGCAAGAAGUUGAAGCAGUAUCAACACGCUGCCCUCAAGCUGGCCGAGUUUUACCGGGAUGCCGAUGAGAUGUACAAGUGUCAGGAUGUCGUAGACAAGUUCAUCGACCAUGCGCGGACGCACGGAAGUCGCGAUCAGUAUGUUGACGCCUUGGAUUUGAUCCUACCCGAAAGUCCCAUCUACCCGGCUCUUGAGGGCCGUGUCCCCAAUCCAGCCAAGACAUACGAGAUCCAGGCGCAGAUUGUCGAGGCAGAAGAGAAAAAGCGAAUCAACACAUUGAUUGGAGAGCGUCGAACACGAAUAGGUGCACGGAUCAGCGAAGUGACCCUUGAAGUCAAAAGGGAAGUAUACCAGCAGAGCAGGCUGGGAUACGUCUAUGGGCAGCUGAUCAACUGGGCAUCCGACGAUGAAGUGCGCCGGACUUACGAGGAAAAGCUCCUACAAUACUGCUAUGAGCGACUUCUCGCCUGGGCGCCGGGCGAACAAAAGGAGCGGGAAGCAGCCAACGUUCAAAAGCUGGCCAACGACAUGGUCAUCAUCGGACAUCCGUUCAAGCUCGCGUGGGAUAUUGCAAUUGACUGGCAAGACCACAAAGAAAUUGGCAAUUGGGAUGUCACCGUGCUCAGACAGUACUGCGCCUUUUUCCCAGAUAGCGAUCUCAACAGAGUCAUCAUGGCCUUCCUGACGAGCGACAUCUCCCCCUUUCCGAAGGAGACGUCACGACAACCCGCCCCUGCCACGGGCGGCGAAAGCGAGGAUGAAAGCGAGGACGAUGAAGCGGGAGGAGCGCCUACAUCAUAUGUUCCCCUGACCGAGGAGGACCGCUUACUGAUGAUGAUGGAAGGUAUCGCCACAGCCAACUCGCUAUUUGCCUACAGAUUGGCAGGAGAAUAUUAUCAGCACAUUGAAGAGCAUGAGAGCAAUGUCGAGCUCAUGCGCAAAGCGCUCGAGCAUUUGAACCAGGAGCGCUCCAAGACGGGCCGGGAGUUCAGAAACACUGAGGAUGCCUUCUCUGUUUAUCUUGGCACAGCGCUGGUUUUCUACCAGUCUCCUCGGCAUCACCAGGAAGCCAAAAGUCUGUUUGACGCAGUACUUGCCCAUGAGCCAACGUCGACCCGGGCCAUGAUCGGAGUGGGCCUGAUCUACGAAGAGGAGGAAGAGUACGACGAGGCAAUCAACUUUCUGGAGCGGGCCCUGCUGCGUGACCCGGACAAUCUUCGUGUCAGGACAGAGGCCGCCUGGGUAAAGGCUUUGAAAGGUGACUUUGAAACCAGCAAAGCCGAGUUAGAGAGCUGCAUUCAGCCCCUGACCAGGAAGGGGCAAGUAAACAAGGAGCUACUCGCACAGACGCAGUACCGUAUCGGGUACUGCGUCUGGAACAUUGACACGUCAAGGGCAGCUAGGAAAAGCCGCACAGGCGCCUAUGCAUACUUCAUCGACGCCCUUAAGAACAACCUAAACUACGCACCAGCCUACACAAGCCUGGGCUUGUACUACGCCGACUAUGCUAAGGACAAGAAACGAGCCCGGAAAUGCUUCCAGAAAGCCCUCGAGCUUUCGCCCUCCGAAACCCAAUCGGCAGAAAGGCUUGCGAGAUCCUUUGCAGAUGACGGAGAUUGGGAUCGUGUCGAGCUUGUCGCUCAGCGAGUUGUCGACUCGGGCAAGGUCAAGCCUCCCCCUGGCUCCAAGCGGAAGGGCAUUAGCUGGCCGUUCGCCGCCCUCGGCGUCGCCGAGCUCAACAAGCAGGACUACCACAAGGCUAUCGUCUCUUUCCAGGCAGCUUUGAGGAUGUCCCCAGACGAUUACCACUCGUGGGUUGGUCUGGGAGAGAGCUACCACGGCUCCGGCCGCUACAUCGCGGCAACCAAGGCAAUUUUAAAUGCCCAGAAGCUUGAGGGUGCAGCCGCGGCUGACAUGUCCGGAGAGACGUGGUUUACCAAGUCUAUCCUCGCCGACAUAAAGCGGGAGUUGGGCGACUUUGACGAGGCAGUUGCACUCUAUCGGGAAAUCGUUGAAACCCGUCCAGAUGAGGCGGGUGUGGCGAUUGCCCUGAUGCAAGCGACGAUUGACAGCGCCUUGUAUAGCCUAGACAAGGGUUUCUUCGGAAAGUCAAUCGACCUAGCCGUCGAGACAAUCAAGUUUGCGGUACAAGCCCGGGAAACGAUCAAGGAGACAUUCAAUUUCUGGAAAGCGGUAGCAGACGCGUGCUCCCUAUUCUCGAGCGUCCAGGACCGAACGUCUCAAUUCCCAACGGAGCUGGUCCAACAGUUGAUCGGGACCGAUGAUGCGGUCUUGGGGUAUCAGGUCCUCAGCAACAUUGAUGGGGUUGGUAUGACGGAAACCAACGGCGGCACCGGGGACAUCGACGCUGAAUUACAAAGGGUCCUUCACACCACAAUCCUCGCUCACAAGCGCGCCGUUCAUGUCUCUGCCAACGACUUCCACGCCCAGGCGGUAGCCUACUACAACCUGGGGUGGGCAGAGUACCGAGCUCACACAUGUCUUCCCGCACGGCUGAGGAAGAAGUCGACGAAGUACCUGAAAGCGGCCAUAGCAUCCUUCAAGCGGGCCAUAGAGCUCGAAGCAGGCAACUCUGAGUUCUGGAAUGCUCUCGGAGUUGUGACCAGCAACGUGAACCCGGCAGUUUCGCAGCAUUCGUUUGUGCGCAGCUUGCACCUGAACGAGAGAGGCGCGCAUGCCUGGACAAACCUGGGAACGCUAGCUCUCCUUCAGGGUGACGUUCAGCUCGCCAACGAGGCCUUUACUAGAGCUCAGUCGGCUGAUCCUGAUCACUCUCACGCCUGGCUCGGCCAGGGCCUCGUGGCUCUGAUGCUCGGCGACCAAAAGGAAGCGCGGGGCCUGUUCACGCACGCCAUGGACAUAGCCGAGAGCUCAUCCAUAGCGGUUAGACGACACUACUCGGUCUCAAUGUUUGACCAUCUCCUGACCUCUCCCGCUGAGGUACCCGUCACGGCUCUCCUCCAACCAAUCCUUGCCCUCGGCCAGCUCCAGGGACUCAAUCCCCGGGAUCUCGCCUACGCCCAUUUGUCCGCGCUCUUCCGGGAGCGUAACCACGAGCACAACCGCUCUGUAGCCACGCUCGAGAAAGUUUGUGCUGCCGUCGAGGCGGACUAUGAGGUUACCGAGUCGCCUCAGUCCCUGAAGCAGUUUGCCAUAGCCAAAGCCGACCUUGCUCGAGCCUACCUUGCGGCCGGGUCAAACGAGGAGGCGAUCGAAGCCGCCGAGCUGUCCCUCCAGCUGAGCAGCGACGAGUCUGACAGCGAACUGACGGCAGAAGAGCGUAAGAGAGUAAGGCUUAGUGCCCAUGUCACGAUGGGCUUGGCGCAAUACUACCUGGGCCGCAUCGACGAUGCGGUGGCUUGUUUCGACUCGGCCAUUGACGAGUCGGAUGGCAAUCCCGAUGUUGCUUGUGUUUUGGCGCAGGUGCUGUGGGCUACCGGCAGAGAGGAGGCGAGGGAGCGUGCGCGGGAGGUGCUUUUCGGCGUCAUUGAGCGAGCGCCAGACCAUGUGCAAUCUGUCUUGCUGCUUGGCGUGAUUGCGCUCCUGGACGAGGACAAAGAGAGCUUGGAGGCAGUCAUGGCGGAACUCCAGACGCUGCGGGCGAGCGACGAAGGGGUCACGCCUUCCGAGCAGAGCCGGCUUGGAGAGGUGCUAAGAGCUAUUGCUGCGUCCGGAAAAGGCGUCGGCGACUCGGAGGAGCUCGCGACGGGCCAGGCGCAGGCGGAUGUCAUGUUCCACCCGUACCUACCGCAUGGCUGGGCAGAGCUCGGGACGGUCGGAGGGGAAGAGGGCGAGAGCGCCGCCGAGAUGGCGCUGCGCGUUGCCUUGAAGGGAGUGCCGCCGAGGGGAGACCUCGCUGCGGAAGAACUGGCGCGGGCAUAUGCUGGGACCGGCCGAGUCAGGGAUGCCCAGACAGCCAUCAUGGUGGCCCCGUGGGAAAAGUCCGGCUGGCUACGGCUGGGAGAUGUAGUCAAAGCAGGAUGA